AUGGAAACCGGCCUCGCCAUCAUCGCCGGCAGCCUCAUUACCCUCCGCCCACUCUUCCGCUGGUUCCUCGAUGGCAGUUCGUCAUACCGCUUGGAUAAGCCACAUUACGUGCGGCAGGAAGACUACGUCGCGGGCGGUUAUGCAUUGUCAAGCUCCAUGCCGAAUAGAUCGGUCACCCAAGACAAUCUGAAGUACUGGAGGCCGGAUCUGUCCGCGGAGAAUCCGCGCGCUCACGGGGUUAUCACGUCUGUGUCGACACCGCUGGGGAGGGGCCACUUAACCGGACUUCCCCUCUCCUGUCGAUUUUCCAACCCAACACUCGAAAUCAAAAUGGUUACUGAUCCAAACGACAAGGCCCAGUUGAACUUACAGGCUCUAGCCGACCUCCAAGUUCCUCGUGAUCUCUCCAUCUCUCCCGACGGUUCUAGGAUUGCCUAUGCACUACAACCUCUCAGCAAGAAAGGCGACCACGCCACCUCACCAAUCUGGAUCGCGACAGUCGACAAAGAAAACAGCAGUCGCCAGUUCACUUCGGGCUUAUUCAACGACGAACAGCCACAAUGGUCUCCAGCUGGAACAUUGAUUGCCUUCAAAUCGGAUCGGCACCGGCCGGGCAAAAGCUCAGCCAUAUAUGUGUUGCCAGUCGAUGGCGGCGAAGCAUAUCCCGUAACGCCAGUGGACUGCGAGAAGCCAAUAGUAGCCUUUGAAUGGAAUUCCACCGGCACAAGUAUCGCAUAUACUAGUUCGGAUGAGAAGACGGAAGAACAGGUUUCAAAGGAGAAAGUAAAAGAUGAUCCAACUGUUUGGGGGGAAGACUUGGAAUAUUCCCGCCUGAGAAUUUCCCAUGUAGCAACAGGGCAGAUCAGGACUAUUGUCGCCGGUCAUAGACAUGUUCAUGACUUCACUUGGAGCCCUGAUUCUACACAUAUCUGCUUUGUUGCCCAUAAAGGGCCGGAUAUCAAUUCAGCUGGCUUUUAUGGUGCAGAAAUCCUGAUUACAUCGAUCACAGGAUCGGAGGAGAAACUAGUCGCCCAGUUCCCCGGCCCAAUCAGCCAGAUCGCAUGGGGAAACUGUGGUGUCUUCUUCAUUGCAGGUCAUGUCCCGACGCACUGCCUAACAUCCCUUUCGCUAUACGAACUUAAUAUCGAACACGGUUCAUAUACAGAGCGAAAAGAUGGCGGUGAAACACACUGUUGCAUCACUCUCCGGAAAAAUCAAUCCUGCCUAUCUUACCGUGUUCAGAGGUAUCUUAAUGAUGAGUUCUUCUCGAUCAGUGAUGAUGGCACUCGUACGAAGGCCUAUAGCGAAAAGUGUGAGAUGAGCUCAUUUGACGUCUUAAAAACUACGGGCAGUAGUGAUAUCAUUGCAAUCACGAGGGGUGACGGGUCAAAUCCCGAAGAAGUCUUCUCCAUCUCGAAAUCUACCGGUCCAGUCAAAUUGUCAGCCCAUAAUUCCUCCAUCGCCGCUCUAGAAAUAUCCAAGUCGUGGUCAAUUUCAACUUACGCGAGAGACGGAUACUACCUUGACGGAAUGAUGUAUGUUCCCUCCGCAUACAAAUUUGAGGAUGGGCCGCUCCCCACUAUUCUCAUCCCGCACGGAGGACCAUACUGGCGGGUAACUACCGGUUUUGCAGUGUGCCAUUGGCUCGAGGUUCCGGUAUUAGUAUCAAUGGGCUAUGCCGUCCUUUGCCCCAACUACCGUGGUGGGAGCGGUAGGGGUGAAGCUCAUGCAGCUUACGCUCGCGGGGGAGUUGGCACAGUUGACUACACUGACUGCAUUGACAUGCUCAAAUACAGUAUCGCUAGGGGCAGCGUAGACCCUGCGCGAGUGGCAAUAGCUGGUUGGUCACAGGGGGGAUUUCUAUCCUAUUUUGCAGUCACUCGCGAGGAGUUCCAAUUCAGAGGAGCCAUAUGCGGGGCAGGUAUAUCAGAAUGGAACUCUAUGGCAAUGAUGAGCGAUGCAUAUUGGAUGCAGGGUGAGGUGGCUGGCGGUGCUCCAUGGGAUGUUGAUACGAAUAUAAAGCCCGAAGAAGAAGACUCAGUUACUAGCCCCGAGAAAAGAUGGAUUGGCGACACAAAUGGUCGGAGGGGAAGCGCAUUAUGGCACAUGCGUAAUGUGAAAACUCCCAUUCUGAUUCUUCAUGGAGAGGACGACAAGCGUGUGCCAUUAGAACAGGCUAUCGCGUUCUAUCGCGCAUGUGUUCACAACAAUGUACCUGUUGAGAUGGUGACUUAUCCUCGAGAAGGGCAUUUUAUUGUUGAAAGGAGACAUCUCAUUGAUAUGUGGGAGCGGAUAAGGAAGUUUUGUUAUCGGAACUUACAGUGACUCUAGCCCCCUACUAGGGAACCUCACUGUGCUUAUAAUUAUUCUUAUUCUUCUUGUGGACCAUCCUUUUGCAUGAUAUAACCCAGACAUACUGUUUAUCAAGUACAUACGACCACAGGGUGUGGAAAACAGGGCUUCCCGUCCGCUCAGCCGUACUUAAGCCACACGCCGGGAGGUUAGUAGUUGGGUGGGUGACCACCAGCGAAUCCCUUCUGUUGUAUGUUUUUGUUUUUUUAUUUUU